AUGUCUGUCAACAAGCGCAACCGCAACAGCUUCGGCAAUAAACGCCCCUCAAAAGCAGAAACAGCAGCAAGAAAGAAGCCUUCUAUUUUGGAGGGUCUCAAUCCCCCAAACGCGGCGGGUGUUCAACAGCUAGUCGCUCUCAUGAGGAGAGACAGAAACCGACCAUUCUCUGUUCGGCCCGAGCUUCGGACGUUGUUAAAGAAGGUGCAAGCCGAGGUCAAGUGGGUCAGAGAGCAGCAGCAGCAACAGCAACGGCGCAAGGGGCAGGAGAAAUGCCUGCGAGAGAGGCUGCAGGAAGCAACAGCAGAGGAGCGAUAUUGCAGCAGACUGGCAGCAGAGGCAGAAGCAGCAAAUAAAGCAUUUGAUGAGCGAACCAAGGCUCCAGUAGCAGAAACAGCAACUGAGAAGGAGGCGUUGAUUGCAACAGCAAGACGAGCAAUAGAGGAGGAGAGGUUGAACAGGGCGCGCGACAGGGCAACAGAUGCAGCAACAGUAAAAAACCACCCCAGGCGGCCUUGGACUCCUUUUUAA